AUGAUGAAACAUACAAAUUUACAAAAUUUAGCACUUUCAUCUAAUUUCUACAGGAUGAAAUCUCUUUUUGCUAUUCUUCUUUGCUUGGCUAUUGCCAAUGCCGCUGUCGUUGAAAUUCCAUUCAAAAAAUCUGGAUCAAUGCGUGCUCGUAUGAUCAAAGAAGGAACAUGGAAAGCAUACGUUGAAAAUAACUGGAAAGUUAGAGCCGUUGGUUCUCAACCAUUCAUUGACUAUUAUGAUGACUUCUAUGUAGGUAACAUUACCCUUGGAACACCACCACAACCUUUCCAAAUUGUUCUUGAUACUGGAUCAUCUAACCUUUGGGUUAUUGAUGCUAAAUGUACUUCUCAAGCCUGUAAAGGAUACCCAUCUUCUGGAUUUACUAAACACCUUUAUGAUACCACCAAAUCAUCUACAUACGUUAAGGAAACUAGAAGUUUCUCUAUUCAAUAUGGAUCUGGAUCAUGCGAUGGACAUUUAGCUAAGGAUACUCUUACUAUGGGAGGUUUGACUGUUAAAUCACAAGAACUUGGAGUUGCCACCUCAAUUGCUGAAGUUUUCGGAUAUCAACCAGUUGAUGGUAUUCUUGGAUUAGGAUGGCCAGCAUUAAGUGUUGACAAUGUCGUACCACCAAUGCAAAAUCUUCUUUCACAACUCAAUGCUGGACUUUUCACAGUCAGUCUUAACUUGAUUCCAAACCCAUCAUCAGUUUCUGGAUCAGGAAAUGGAGGAACUAUCACAUACGGAGGUUUAGAUACCAAAAACUGUAAAGGAGCUAUCACAUACGUUCCACUUUCAUCUGAAACUUACUGGCAAUUCCCAAUUGAAGGAUUCUCUGUAGGAAGUUUCAAAGAAAGCAGAAAACAACAAGUUAUCUCUGAUACUGGUACAUCAUGGAUCGGAGCCCCAACAUCAUACAUGAGCCGUAUCGCUUCUACUCUUGGAGCUCAAUUCGACUGGGAAAAUGAAUUAUACACCAUCCCAUGUUCUGGAUCAUACCCAGACAUGGUCUUUACCAUCAACAAAGUUAAAUACAGCAUUCCAUCAAAACAAUAUAUUCUUGAUCUUGGACUUGGAUCUGGAAAUUGUGCUCUUGCCGCUUUUGAUAUGGGAGGCAUGGGAGGUCCACAAUGGAUUCUUGGAGAUGUCUUCAUUCGCCAAUACUGUAACAUCUACGAUAUUUCUAACAAGAGAAUUGGAUUCCAACUUGCCGGACAAUAA